UGGACGCGGGGAAUCGCAGAGUAGAGGGGGAUGUUCGUUGCAUCACACACAGUUCGUGGCAGAGCGAGGCGAUACGCAUUUCGGAUGUAAUUCGUUAAUUUUUGACAUUAUUAUUUCUCCGUUGUUGGCUGGUUUGGGGAGUGGUUUGCGCGGUGAAAUUUACUGGGUGUUGACUACUGAGAGGGAUUGAUUGAGGUGGAUAAGUCGAAUUAUUUUGAAAGUACAUAGCUGUGCGGUGUUAUCUCGAAACGGCGGAAUUUUAGGUUAGACGGUCGGUUUGGGAAUCCCCUCAUUACGAACGUUUUUCAAUUGUUCGGAAACAGUUGAUAUUUGAAAAGUUGGUGAGCCCAGAGCGAUCAUCUAAAGUGGAAUCAUUUUGGAAAGAUGAGUGAAUCCGAGAACAGGCAAAAGUUUGCGAUUGUGCAUUUUGGGAUGGGCCGAGCCACAAAAAACAAUGAGACGAAACUUGCAUACAUGAAAACAGUAUGUUUCAAAUGUAUGGAGGAUGUACUCACGAAGAAAUUUGAGAAAUUCCCUCUGACAGUGCUGACUGCGACAAGCAAUCAUCUAGCCGGUGCACCCAAUCGAAAAGAAUAAAUACAUCUUAUCUUAUUUUAUUAUCGGAGGAUAAGUGACUCUAACCGAAGGUCAGGCUUAGAUCAGCCUUAGAACGAGCCUGACAGAACCCUCGUUAAUAAGGCUGUGGAGCCUUCAUAAAUCUUAAUUUGGACCUUAUUGCAGCCCUCGCAAUUUGAUUUCACUAUGCUUCGUUCAGGCCUCUCCACGAGGCUUCAAACAGGCCUCGCGUUCACAGCCUGGAUUCGGGUUAUCAUUUGCAAGGCUGGAUGAGGCCUUAUCCAUGUGUGAAUCCCAAGCCUGAGAAGAAGCCUUUGAUGACAGCAAAAAUCCUGCCACAGUUCAACUUUACAAUGGCGAAUUGAUGAGAGAAUGUAACAAGAAUGGCAGCCCGCAACAUUCCAAGUCACCGGGUGCGUUAGAAUAUCAGGGAAAAUCGUUGAAUCGCCCCACAGAUGAUUCCAAUGAUUUCAUGUACAUAAAGAAGAUGAAAAAUUCUCAACAGUUAUCACAAAAUAUUGAGUAUGACAGGUCACGAAGUACAUUGACCGAUUACGAUCUAAAUGCCGAGGAUUACCAACUUUCUAGACCAAGAAAACCGUCGCCCUCCGGAACAGCACGAAUAUCCUUUUGUUAGUUUUUCUCAUCCGUCUCAACUCAUUCCAAGAAAACUAAACUUAAAAACAAUAAUAAUAAGAAUAAUGACGAUGGAAAUGCUCUCGGCGCAACACAGCAAAUGUCAGAGAACUCUGAGCUAAAAUCAUUACUCAAAAUGCAGCAAAUAUCGGGAUUUUCUCUCUCAGAAAUUCUUCAGCAGAGAAACUUAUCGUUAAGUGACCUCCUGAAGGGUAAAAAAGAAGUUAUCAGUGCAUUACGAGCUUCAAAUAGUGAAGAAGGAGAAAAAAAAUGUGGUAGUGAUAACAGAAUUUUAAUUACACUGACACCUCCAAGAAUAUUCUACCGAUCCCCGAGAACGAUGAGGAUAGAUCCCACCGUAAUAAAUCUGAAAAUUCAGAAUAUUUUCAAAGACAAAGCGAAACGUCAGAGAGGAUUGUCAAUGAUGUUAAAAAGAUCCAGAAGGAAGAUGAUUCCGAAUGAAAUAGAAAAUAUGAAUGCCGUGAUGAAAAAUGAGGAUCUAAGGCGCCCUCCCGUUGAUGUUGAGUAUCAAAACGAAGAGCCGAUGAAUAAUAAUGAUUUUAUUGACAACUCCAAUGAUAAAAAAAUUUCAAAUGAAUUAUUGGCAGUAAAUCACAAAGUUUUAAAACCUAGAAACCGAAUUUACGAAGAAAUUUUGACGACGACUGAACCCGAUGCCCGCGCUGAAAUUUUCGAUUUACUGAGCUCGUCGGUAACAGCUGAUAAGAUAGAGGAGCUGCUGAAAUCGAGAAAUAUGAGUUUAGAGGAACUCAUAGCGUUAAGGCAGAGAGGUUCGAGUCGACUGCAUUUAGUUGAAAAUAUGAAACUAGAGUUAUUAGGGAGUAAAUUACCGAAGGAUGUUUCCCCAGACCAGGUGAUAAAUAACCAAAAUGUCACUACCAGUCGGGAAGGAUAUGGAGAAAAUGAAUCAACCAUAAUAAAUUCCGAUGAAUUCGUGGAAGAUGACGAGAGGAGUGAUGAAAAAUCCGUUAAUUUAGUAGAUUUAUUGAGUGCUUUUGAGUCGCUCCCUUUCACCGUUAGAACGAGGCCAGAAACUUCUGUUGAGAAUAAUAAUAAUGAUAAUCAAAACUUGGGUAAUUCAGUGGAAACAGUGAGAGAAAUUAAAGAAAGUGAAAUAAAGUGUUCCGCAGCUCCACAUUAUGCCUUCAAAAUUGUUGAGAACAUUAAUAAAAAUGUAGACAUUAUGGACGAACAAAACGUAAAAAAUAUUCGUGAUAAAGUAAACGGAAAUUCGGUCAACAUUGCAAAUGAUGAUAAUGGGAAAAUGGUGUCUAGAAUUAAAUCGAACAUGCCUGCCAGUGGAAUAAUCUUUGGAAUGAUUUUCUUAAACUGUUUGCUCAUAUUUGUGGGGCUGAAAGUGCGACAAAAGCAGAACUUGAUGUACGAAAAUACAUUCGCAAGAACUGCAUUUCAGGUUCCAGUAGUGAACUCGAGAAAAUUGUCUAAUUCUAGCUCGAAUGCGGUCAUGAUCAAUGUCAUGGCAACUUAAACGACAAAAACGGAGGGGGAGGAUGCCGAAGACGUUAAUAAUGGUAUGUAUGAUGAUAGGAGUGAUAUUGAAAAUUACUCCUUAGAUGCUGAUGAUAGGUGGGAUACUAUCCCCAAAUGUAUGAAAUCGAGAAAUUAAAGAGAGAAUCGGUAAUGAUUGAACUUGUAGUUCGCUGAUGCAGGAACAAUAUUGACAUUUUAACGUCACUCUGUACAGUCAACGAUAAAUUAUGCAUGUCUUUGGCACCCGAGAUAAUGCAAAAUGCCAAUACGAAACAUGUGCAGUGUAGAUUUUCUAACUCGUGUAAUUGGGAAAUGAGCCGAAUGAACGGUCAGUGGAUGUAAACUAUGUAUGGAAUAUGUGAAAAAUAUUUUCUGGAAAAAGCCUGUUCUUGCAACAAAAAUGUUCCAUUUCUUCAAAUGACGAGUCUAAUUUCUCUGCAUUUGUUAAUUGUUAAGUUGCCAUUGUGUCGGUUGAAGCAAGUCUUAUAAAAAAAUUCAUAUAAAAAUAAACAACAAUCGAUGACGAUUGAAUUGGAUGCCAAUAAAUGAACGUAUGAUUUGAGAACAACUUUUCUUCUCUUGGUAUGGAAAAUGUUUGAAUAUUCAUAGCUACUGAGUUAAAAAAUUAUAUUACUUACUGAGAGUGGUACAUAUUAAGGCUAGUAUGCGAUGAAAAGCCCAAAAAUUGGAUUCAAAGUAAUCGAUUAAGCCGGAAGGCCUAGCGAAAAAAAAUGUAUUUACAUGCUGUAUAAUAAUAAUAAAAAUUGUGAUACUGU